UCGGCGGACACCCACGGCAGAAGCUGCCAAAAUCUUAGGAUACACUACACAAUAGCGACACUACCACCGUGCACGGCGGCCAUCUUCUUGGUAUCUGCUCGCCGACUGGCCCAGAGGGCAGCCGCCAAUCGGACAAGUUUCUGCCCCGCGCGAGUGCGUGCCGUGCACCCCCCACCCCCCAUUCGACCCGCACCGUCAGUAUACCGUCCCGUCACCCCGCCACUCAACCCUCUGCCUGGCUGCGGCGCUUCUCUCUUUCUCUAUCUAUCUCUCUCUUCCCCGCAAACUCCGCCGACGCCACGGGGCUUAUUACCGAGCUCCCCUUCCGCAGUGGAGCGCGACACAGACGACCGACAUCGGUUAUGGAGUUAUGGAGGCCGCGGAACGGAGUACCGAUAUCUCGGCGACCUGCGUCUUCCCGAUCCUCGCGUGCUUAGCGCUCUCGAUCGUCUACGUGGCGAGCCUGUAUGUCUGGAGUUCGCCGUACAGCAGAGAGCAUCCGUCGACUAUAAAGAAACGAUUUGUUAGCAUACUCGUCAUAACUCUCAUCUCGCCAGUGCCAGUGUACUUUGGACUAGACGAGAAAGUAUUUCAAAAGGCAACCAUCUGGGAGAUCCUAGGCCUUCGAUGGUCGGGUCUGAUACAGGCGACUGUAAUAUCGUUGCUCUUAACGAUGAUCCUAUUCCUAGGUCCUUUGAGUUUGCAGGGAUUCAACGGGCUGUUGCACUUGUACACCGAGCCCAUGUAUUGGCUGCAAAGCGUACGAACUGUAAUUUGGUGGAGAAAUCAGGUAGUCGCUCCGUUGUCCGAGGAGUGGACUUUCAGGGCUUGCAUGAUGCCGUUGCUCCUGCAAUGCUUCAGCCCGACUACUGCCAUAUUCGUGUGCCCCUUGUUCUUCGGAGUGGCGCAUUUUCAUCACGUGGUGGAGAGGGUAAAAAUGGGAAUGAGCGUCAAGCACGCAAUAUUUAUGUCCUGUUUCCAGUUUACGUACACGACGAUAUUUGGAGCGUACGCGGCCUUUCUCUUUGCGAGGACAGGACAUGUUGUUGCACCGUUUGCUGCGCAUUCAUUCUGCAAUCACAUGGGAUUUCCUGAUCUUUUUGAGAUAGCGGCGUACAAGGAUCCACUGAAAAGGGCCGCGAUAAUGUGUCUGCUUGUAAUCGGCUUGGUCGCCUGGUGCUUCUUGUUGAUGCCGAUGACUCAUCCAUCAUUGUUCAAUAAUAAUUUAUUCUGGACUAAGCUCUUUGUAUGAGACACGUCUAAUCUCUAACAAAUAUUAGGACGUAACAAAUACUAAGGUUUAAUGUUAAAUGUUUUUACGCAGAAUUUACCGCAAUUGUUCCACCGGUUUACAUCGUUGUGGAAUGUUUGUAUUUAUGUCUAACAGAGUACAAUACUUAUCUGUCGAAGCGGGAAUUAACAUUACUUCAGGCUAAUUUCAACUAUGUAUAAUUUAACAGAUCGCGCAGUUCGACAUUGUUACAAAGUACAUCACUAUUGUGCCUGAAAGUUUAAAUUUUUGAAAUGGUGAUUACAAAAAUGUCAACUAUAUGAACUUGGUUGCGAGACCAAAAUGCAAAGAAUCUAGCUAAUUAUUAUUUACGAAUUGCCGCAUAUAUUUAUAUGCCGCAAUGUUACAUUACUUUACAAUCCGUUAAACGUUAUCGAUAUUUUCAGACAGAUUUUUAUAAACAAAAAUUUUUGUAAUAUAGUUUAUUAUAGUUAAUGCAAUCUAUUGAGAAAAUUUCUGAAACGAUCUUUCUAAUCGUUUACUUUUAUAACAGUCAAUAUAUAUAUAGUGUAUAUAUGGUAUCCAUAUGUACAAUGGCAGUGAUAAAUAUUCAAACGAUAAGCGAUACCGCCAUACACAUAGUUUAUUUAAAUCACAGAAGUAACGCGGUUACGCAACAAUAUUACUAUACGUUUUAUAUAUGUAUGUACAAGUACAUCGAUGAACGCAUAUACAUUGUAUGUGCAGUAAAUCUAUAAGUAUUUAUGUAUAUAAUGAGAGUCUAAUACGAAGAAACGAGUUUUCGAUUAUGUGUAAUCUUUUAAUUGCAUACAUAAUGUAUACCUUUAAUCGACGAAAUAAGUGGUAAAAUCGACUUCUUAAAUGUUCAGAGCAUGAAAUGUUGAUAAUGAUACAACGUUGAAAUAGUGUUUUACCGUCGAAACGCAAAAUCGUUGUACAGAAAUUUAUGUAUAACGAUAGUCACACUGAUUUACAAUAAAUGUUUCUCAAAAUUUAAAAGUA